UCAUGUCUCCAACACAUGCACCAUGCACAUGGCACACAUCAAGGGCAAUCAGACUGUUCAUGUGCUGCCACAGGCAAUGAUAGGAGCAUUUUUAAGGUUUUGAGCUGUGCUCUCAAUAGGCUGCAAUCUAGCAGGCCUCUCCGAGAACUAAGGGAAGUUGCCAAGGGAGUUACAAAACAGAUUGGCAGGACGAUGCAUGAACUAGCUGCAAAAGUCGACGAGUAUGCUCGUGGAAUGAUCAGUGGGUCUGGUUCAACCCUGUUUGAGGAGCUCGGCCUCUACUAUAUUGGCCCAGUCGAUGGCCACAACAUGGAUGAUCUCAUCACCAUUCUUAGAGAGGUAAAGAGCACCAACACAACAGGUCCCAUCCUCAUCCAUGUUGUGACUGAGAAAGGCCAGGGUUAUCCAUAUGCAGAAAGGGCCGCCGACAAGUAUUAUGGUGUCGUCAAGUUCGAUCCAGCAACCGGAAAGCAAUUCAAAAGCAGCACUCCGACUUAGUCCUACACCACCAAUUUUGCAGAGGCAUUGAUAGCUGAAGUAGAGUAGGAUAAAGACAUUGUUGCGAUCCAUGCAGCAAUGGGAGGAGGAACUGACAUGAAUCUCUUUCUUCGCCGCUUUCUAAUGCAUUGCUUCGAUGUUGGGAUUGCGGAGCAGCAUGCAGUCACAUUCGCUGCUGGCCUAGCCUGUGAAGGUUUAAAGCCCUUCCGUGCUAUCUACUCAUCGUUCUUGUAGCGGGCAUAUGAUCAGGCAAG